AUGACCGCCUCCGAUCUCAAAGAUAUUAAGCUCUACUAUUUCAGCAAAGUCAAAGACAGCUUGACCAUGGGACGUGGUGAGCCCGUCAGAUUGCUUUUGGAAGAUGCUGGUGUUGAUUACGAGUAUGUCAGAUUAACCGCUGAUCAAUGGAAAGAAAAGAAGGCAGAGCUUAUCAAGGAAGGUAUUCCUGGCCCUACUAUGCCAUACAUCACCAUCAAUGGUAAACACUAUGCAAAGACGGUUCCUGCAAUGAGAUUCCUUGCCAAGAAGCUCGGCAAAUACUUGGGCGAAAAUGACGAUGAGGAACACCUCUUGGACGCCUAUGCUGACUUUGCUGGUGACUGGACUUCUAGAUGGGCUACGACUCUCUUCCGUGGUAGUGAUGAAGAUAAAAAGGUUUAUGCUGAAACUACUUUCCCCCAGACUCUUGAUACUGUUGAACAAAUGCUUUCCAAAUCUUCCGGCCCUUAUUUAUUGGGUGAAAGAAUCACCUAUGCUGACUUCCUUAUUUUCCAUCAACUUGAUGAUGAUAACCAAGCCAAGGUCGACUCUCAAAAACAUCCUCACCUUGCAGCCUUUGUUGAAGCAAUCAAGAACCGCCCAAGUCUCCAAAAGCAUUUUAACUCAUUGAAGCAAUAA